AUGCCAAUUGCUGUCCUAAUCUGCCCUGCAAAACAACACCAUACAGAACCACACUCCGAUACCCACUCUUCUACCUCACGCGUUAAGCCUCCUACUUCUUUUCUGGUUCUCCAUCACCACCAUUUUUUUCAUCAUCUGCCACAACUUGGGUUCAUUAGAAAUCUUGGUUCUAGUGUGACUAGUCAAGUAGUGAAGCAACAACAACAACAGGCACAACAGAGUCAGUAUCAACAGCCUGCGAGACAACAUCCUAAUCAGCCUAAACAUCAGUCUAAACUUUUGAAGGGAAUAGGAAGAGGAAACAUGUUUAUCCAUCAGAACAAUUAUGUUGAUCCUUCUCAUAUAAAUGGAUUAUCUGCAGCUUCAGGAAGCCAACCUGUUGAGAAAGGUGAUCAAACCAUGCACCACAACUCAGCCAUCAACCCCUCAUCGCAAUUAUUCCCAUACCAUGUUCCUAUUUCCAACAAAACAAUAACUUCGGCAUAA